AUGUACUCGACUGUGACUUUGCAGCAAAAAGUGAAAGCCGUACGGAUGGUUGAAAGUGGAAGAAAACAAGCUGACGUCGCGAGAGAACUUAUGUGCGAGAAGAGUGUUAUCAUGUUCAUCGAUAACUGCACAGUACACAACCUCCCGGCGAUACGUUUAGAUUUCUUGCCUCCGAAUACAACAAGUGUCCUGCAGCCCAUGGACCAAGGAAUCAUAAAGCAUCUCAAAGUUCUCUACCGGUCCCGCCUGCUCUCGCGUGUUGUGCUGUGCUACGAAAACAAAACUAACUAUAACAUUGCGCUUCUCGCCGUGCUUCAUAUUUUUGCCCACUCGUGGGAAGCAGUGAAAGGGAGCACUAUAGCAAACAGUUUUCGUCACGCCGGAUUUUGCAAGGACACUACGCAAGUACGGAGUACGAGCACCGUUGGUAUCACCAUCGGUAACGACGACAGAUCGGCGGACGCCCGGGCAUUGGUAGCGGACCUCCGAAGCUCAGGUAUGACAAUACCUGCAAGUGUAAAGUUUGAAAUGUACGCCGAAGUGGAUGAAUGUGCAGAAUUUUUUGCCGAAAUGACUGAUGGGGAAAUCGUUUCACAAGUCCUCGAACUGCCAGCGGAAGGCUCCGACGACGACGACGCGAGUGCUAUUGCUGCUCCUUCUACAACAGCAAUACUUGCGGCUGUCGAUACGCUCGGAAAUGUCUACUGUGACAACAUGACAUUAGCUGAAAUACAUCGCGACGCCAUUUCUCAAAGCAUUUAA